UGGAAGGAACACUCUAUUGGCGUUCAGUGGUGUGAGCAGCGCUGUCUAAUCAAGAUGGUGGACAUGGAAAGCCCUAUUUGUCCCCUGUCCCCACUCGAGGCUGACAACCUGGAGAGCCCACUCUCUGAAGAAUUCCUACAGGAAAUGGGAAAUAUUCCAGAGAUCUCCCAGUCCAUUGGUGAAGACAGCUCCGGAAGCUUUAGUUUCACAGAUUAUCAGUAUUUAGGAAGCGGUCCAGGGUCAGAUGGAUCUGUUAUCACAGAUACCCUCUCCCCAGCUUCAAGCCCUUCGUCAGUUAACUGUCCUGUGGUUCCUGGCAGCACUGAUGAACCAUCCAGCAAAGCACUGAACAUUGAGUGUAGGAUCUGUGGGGACAAGGCUUCCGGCUACCACUACGGGGUGCAUGCUUGUGAAGGCUGCAAGGGUUUUUUUCGUCGAACCAUUCGGCUAAAGCUGGUUUAUGACAAAUGUGAUCGCAGCUGCAAGAUUCAGAAAAAGAAUCGAAAUAAGUGCCAAUAUUGUCGCUUCCACAAGUGCCUCUCGGUGGGGAUGUCACAUAACGCAAUUCGUUUUGGACGAAUGCCAAGGUCCGAAAAAGCAAAAUUGAAAGCAGAAAUUCUUACAUGUGACCAUGAUAUAGAAGAUUCUGAAACUGCAGAUCUCAAAUCUCUUGCCAAGAGAAUUUACGAGGCCUACUUGAAGAACUUUAACAUGAACAAGGUCAAGGCCAGAGUCAUCCUUGCAGGGAAAGCCAGCAACAAUCCACCUUUUGUCAUACACGAUAUGGAGACACUGUGCAUGGCCGAGAAGACACUGGUGGCCAAGAUGGUGGCCAAUGGCAUCCAGAACAAGGAGGCAGAGGUCCGCAUCUUCCACUGCUGCCAGUGCACGUCAGUGGAGACCGUCACGGAGCUCACGGAGUUCGCCAAGUCCAUCCCGGGCUUCGCCAACUUAGACUUGAAUGACCAAGUGACUUUGCUAAAAUACGGUGUCCACGAGGCCAUUUUUGCAAUGCUGUCUUCCGUGAUGAACAAAGAUGGGAUGCUGGUUGCAUAUGGGAAUGGUUUUAUAACUCGGGAAUUCCUAAAGGGCCUAAGAAAACCAUUCUGUGACAUCAUGGAGCCCAAGUUUGAUUUUGCAAUGAAGUUCAACGCACUGGAGCUGGAUGACAGCGAUAUUUCCCUCUUUGUGGCUGCUAUCAUUUGCUGUGGGGAUCGCCCCGGCCUUUUAAACAUAGAGCACAUUGAGAAAAUGCAGGAGGGUAUUGUGCACGUGCUCAAACUCCACUUGCAAAGCAACCACCCAGAUGACAGCUUCCUAUUCCCAAAACUGCUCCAAAAGAUGGCAGACCUGCGGCAGCUCGUCACGGAGCACGCGCAGCUCAUGCAGAUCAUCAAAAAGACGGAAUCCGACGCGGCGCUGCACCCGCUGCUGCAAGAAAUCUACAAGGACAUGUACUGAGUGCUUGUGAAUACAUAAGGAAAACAAACUCUUCAAGGAUAUUUAAUGUGACAGCACUACAAAUGGGAAAUCGGAGCCACACGACUUUGCACAAAGGCCCGCCACUUUCUCCUUAGGGCGUAUACCCUAGCUAAUUGGAAUACUGUCUCACAUUUCUUUCUUGUUUGAACCGGUCCCCCUAAGAGCGUGCAAAGCAUUCAGAUGCUGGUGAUCACUGGCUAACAGUCAGGACUCGGAAAAUUAAGAAGAAUGGCGGUCAGCAGUCUGAUUUCCAGGCACCUGACGUUCAUCAAUGCAGGCUUCUUUCUCCCCGUUAGUAAUUGACUGUUUAAUUCUUGGGUAACCUCGAAAUAUGUGGUCUGCCUUCCCUCUUGACUGUUGGGCUCCUUUGUAAUUUUGGAUACUAAUCAGCACUUUUUAACUACUUUUAUAAUCUUAUCAAUCUAGAUAUGUCCAAAGGCUAGGUAUUUAAAAAGCAGCAAAAAUAUUUAUUUGGAAGACUUGUAAUUCUGUUUCCUGACUUGCUGUUUUUUAAUCAUAGGAUUUAGAAUUUUAAAGAUUUGAUAAGCUAUCAAAACGCAGCGGCGGUUGUGUUUUCCGUUCACUGUGUUCCUGGUGGAGGAGCCCUGGUGGUGCAGUGGUUAAGCGCUCAGCUGCUAACUGA